UGGUUAACGCUGCGAUAAUGCAGGUGCACAAAAUAUUACGUCAUCCUGAGCCACGAGUGUAAUGGUAAUAAUCGACUUGUCAAAUUUAUCUCAAACCGUAGCGGUUGUCAAAAAAUUGAACAUGAGCGACGUUAUUUCAAAAUGGAUCCAACACCGAAUGGGUAUAAUCCUAGACACGAGCCCAGACGCGUUCGCUUUGAAAACUGCUAACGGGCGCCUCCUGGCGGAGCUGCUGCGUAGUUACAACAUUAUCGGCCAAGAGGAACUGAAGACGAUUGAAGAUUCCGAUGUUAUCAAGCAAUGCUAUGAUAAUCUCAAAAGGAUCGCCGUUUGGCUAAGGCACAAAUUCGACAUCGCGAUCGAAGAAGAUGAAAUUUACGAAAUUGCCCACGGGGUGGGGACGGCUUCGAUGCACUUAUUCUAUCAGGUGCUGUUGGAAGUGCGGGAACGCGGCGCUCUAGAUUUCGUAGCGGACAGCCUUCUCACGCGCUGGACAGAGAGCAAAAUUGGAAGGUUCAAGGUCAGAAGUGUUCACCGUACGGAAAAAACAGAACCCGAAGAGUCGUUCGAUAACGCUUUAGCGGCACCGCUGUUGUCGAGCGGCGACGUCAUACAUUGGUACAAAGACAGGUUGCAGUCUUUGCAAAAGCGGUGCCUAGAAGCAAGGGAAGUAUUUUUGAGUAGCAGAGAGCGCGGGACCGUAGUUGACGACUCGCGAAAACGCCUCGGGGAUAGUAGCGGGGCCAGGCCAGUGACGACUGAAAAAUCGACGGAACGCGCAAAAUCCCUCAAAAACCGCGACGACUUUUACGCGGAGACUAUUUCCGAUUUCAACCGCAGAACGAUGGUGGAAAAAACUCGCGCCGUAGACGAGGACCUCGCCGAAAUCCUAACCAAACAAAGCGACUUCGAGAAACGCGUGGUGUCGAAACUGGGCCGGAUCAAACACCAAAAAGAGAUCCUGCUGGACGAGAAGGUCGCCGAGGACGGCCGACUGAACGACCUCAGGGCUUCGGAGGUCGCGAGCGCCGCCCUGAUGAAGGACAAAGCCGCCGACGAAUCGAAGGUCGCGUACUAUCUGGAACGCGAACGUGUCGCUCGCCUCCACCGGCAAUUGCGCGAGGAAAAACGCAGACUGAAGGAGGAGAUGCGUGAGAAAAUGGCGGCCGACGCGCUAAACGACAUGAUCGACGUCGCGUUCAAAAUGGCCGAAUACCGUCGCACGUACGGCCGCGACCUAACUGAAAUGGAGACGAGCGCGUUGAAGACGAUCUUCGUCGCCGCUCAGCCGAUCUUCGACCUGGUGGAGCCGGUCGGUAAAAUAGUCGACGCGACGACGACGAUCCCCGUGGACGUCGUCGCCGACGAGAUCGCGAGACAGAACGUUAUAGACCGGGUCGAGUUCGAGCGUUACGUGGCGUUCGAGCCCCCGUGGUCGAUUGGGCAAUUCGUGCGGAACAGCCGCGACGAAUUGGACGACGUGGGACGCGGCCUCAACGUCCUCGGGCACCUGGUGCACCGCGUGCUCGAAGCCAAGCAUACGGCGCGGCGUCUCAAGCCCCCCCGCCUGCCCCACGUCCCGGUCAGGGCGUCCGUUAGGGGUUUGAACGACGUCGCCGCCGUGUCGGCGUUGCGACGCUCGCUACACGACGUCGCCGUCUCCGUGGUCGAGGUGGACCGCGUCGUCGAGGCUUGCGUGGCCGCCUACGUCGAGGAGGCGGAGCCGAGCGAGAAGGAGGUCGAGGAACCCCGAGUGGCAGAUAGGCCACGGAAAGGGGCCAAAAGGGGCCACCGCGGGGUGGCGGAAGAGGACGCCGGCCCAAAACACGAGAGCAAGUCGGUGCAGACGCCGGCUCACUUUCCGUCGGAGGACACGCGUCUUUCGCAUUGCGCCCAGCUGGGCAAGACGGCCUACGAGGUGCUCACCGCCGGGAAUCACCUCACCGACUACCUUGUGGCCGCGAUGCUAGCGGAAUAUUUGUCCUCGACGCCGGCGCCGACGCGCGGUUGGGUCCUGGUGAAUUAUCCGACGGAUUUCGCGCAAGCGUCGGUUAUGGAGGAGACGUUCACCGGGGUCGUAGUGCCGGACGCGGCACGACGCGAGGAGUGCAGUAUUUGCGACGACGACGACGGCGACGGCGCCGAGGUGAACUCCCGCACUAGGUCCACCUUGUUGCCGAGGCCCGGCGACGGGGAAGUUGCCGCGGGCACAUUCUUGACCGCCUACGUUAAGGUGGUGGGCCAGGGGGAGGUUACGAACGACGACGACGACCCUUUGGAUCGGUUUUACGCGGGGUGCGGGGUGCGGCACUCGUUUCGGUGCGACGCGUUCAACGACGACGCCGCGACGCGGCUACGGAACUUGAUCCUCGGAGAGUCGUCUACGGAAGACCUCAAAGUACCUACUGAGAUACCGUCGGUACCGGAACGAGCACUGGAAAGUGCCCCCGCGAUCGCCGGGGAUCCCGGCUGGCGGUAUUCGACUCCGACACCUCCAGUCGAGCUCCAAAUCGCGUUGGCCACGGUAUGGGAGUGCGUCGAGGAAAUCUACGUCGAAGACCUGAAACAGGCGUUGUUCGCGCGGCGGUUGAUGUUGAAUUCGGUACCGCGGUACGUUCGGUUCGUCAAAGACCGCAUGGCGGAGGUCGGGACCGAUCCCGACCCCAAGCUCGAGUAUUUGCGACGGUUUCAGACGGCGUUCAACAACUUCGACAUGGACUGUCGCGGCGAUGACGAUUUCAAGGUCGAGAUGCACUGCAGAAUCGAAGAGUUCAGAGAGAGACUGUCGGAGAUGUGCGACCGUAGCAUGAUGGAGUCGGAGGCACGACGCCGCGCCCUCGUCGAAUCAGGUUGGGUUCGGAAUCUGCUCCGCGAACUGAUGAACGUCUACGUGUCGAUGAUUCAAAUAGAGAUGGGCAGAUUCGUCGAAACGGUGCGCUUCGUCGGCGACUAUUUCUCGGGGGUGUUCACGAAGAGAGCGCGUACGCGCGACUCACUCAAGGAGGAGCUGCCGUUCGUGAAAUACGCGGCCAUAGAUGGCGCAGUCAUCGAUCCGUCGCUGAAAGACGUGGAUCGCGAGCCCGAUCUCGCCUACUUCGAAUCCGAGCUCGACGGUAUGGUCGAAAAGGCGAAGUCCCACGUCAAAAAGUGCCACGUGACUUCGACGAAUGACAUCGCGAACGUCGAUACCGUGAAGAGGGCACCGUCGUCGCGAAAACGUGGAAAAGGCGUCGCGGCCGCCGCCGACCACGACGACGUCUCGAUCGCCGAUAAUGCCGCCGUGAUGCUCGAAGAGUGGCGACGCUGCGUCAAAGGCGAAACGGCCCGCGUUUCCUUGCGACUCGACCUCUUAAAACGCGUCGCCGUUCGCGAUAUCGACAAGACUAUCGCGACGGUGCGCGACGCGUAUCGCGCCAUCUUCGAAGACGUCCGUGCCGAGUACGCGACAGAGAUGGAGAACGUAACGUAUGUCUGCGACGCGUUCGCUUCCGCCGUCGAAGCUACGGAACCAGUCGACGGGCAGUUUGAGGUUAGGAACGCUCGUACGGUGUACGUCGCCCGAGAACGCGUGCGUGAACCCAAACGGGAAGCGGAAAGUGCGUGUUUCACCCCCGCCCAGUUGUCUCGUUUCGUGGACGUGUUGCUCGAUCUGAGCCCGACCGGAUAUAUGCCUUCCGCCGCCUUCACGUACCUCCUGCAGGACGUGGUGUGGUGCCAGCCGUCUGUUCCGACCCCGUGGUCCCGAUUGGACGCUGAAUGUUUGCAAAAAGUCAUCGAACGACUGUUCGGAGAAGGUCUCGAGUACGUUUAUUGGAAAGACUUCGUCGUGCACAACUUGGGUUACCCCGGCGAAGAAGAACUGAUGCGGGCGAUGGUGUGGUUCCGGAAGCGCGAUCCGGAAGCGACGCUGACAGUGACGGAGCGCGAUUUCGACGGGAUAAAGUUGUGGAGCGGUGCCGAGGAGGUGCUGCGUAAAGUGUACCGCGUACCCGACCGACGCGCAGUCAAGUACCAAGAGCUGCUGCUCGAUUUCUGCAAGGACGAAUCCGUAGGGGCGGGAUUCGCCAAAGCGCUGGCGUUGGUUAUAGGCGAGAGGGUGUGUCGGGACGCGGACGUGGGACGGAGAUACUGCGCAGCGCGGCAGCGUAUCUUGAAGACCGCCCGAGGGCUCGUGGAUCGCCUCGUCGAGGACGUUGUCCGCGACGGCAACGACGCCCACUCGGUCGACGCGGUACCGGACGCCGACAGCGAUGACAAUGUACCGGACGACGCUAGCGUCGCCUUUUUCGCGCCUCUCGAUGCUGUGAUGACCGUCGUCGCCAGUGCCGUACGUCGAGACGACGGCAGCAUCGUCGAGAAAGCGACCCGCAUUUACGAGCGCCUCCGUCGCCCCGAUUUCGACGGGCGCGUUUUGUCACACGAGUUGGUGACGGACGACGCGUUCUUGGAGCUCCUGGCCGCGACGAAGAGGUUCGAGGCGGUCGAUGUGACGAGCGCGAUACGCGCCGCCCAGGCGACGAAGAAAUAAGAAACGCACGUUGCAAAAAACGCGUUUUUAUUCACGUUUAUAUGGAAAUAUCACAAUCUGAAUGAGGGCUCUGAUUCUGUGAAGCUGCGGGACCAUACAAUAGCGACUGAAACGCAGUACGAACAAACGCGAUACCCAAAGUAUAAAGUUUGGUUAGGUUAUUGCGCGGCUGACCAAAUAAACAAAAAAAAUUAUCGAGAAAAAAAACGAUGUUUCGCUUAAUAUGACUAAGAUAUUUCCUCGAAAGUUUUUAAACAUCUUGUUUACAUGUUCACGCACAAUCCAGCCGUAUAGGUUUGGUCGAGCAUUUAAAUAACACCCUGUAUAAAUAAAAGGAACGAAAAGAUCACUACGCCCCGUUUCGAAACGAACGCAGAGGCAUUUUUAAAAAUUAGAAUUAAAAUAAAUAAUUUGCGGGUGGCCCCCCCAGCCAAAUAUUCCACAGGGAAAACACGUAGUGAUGGAGAUAGAGAGCGUCGUUUCAAUUUUACUCUCUGCGUUCGACGACAAAUUGAAUGGAACGAAAACGUGACGCGCCGCCGCUGUGCGACGUAUGAAGGUGUGCGUAAUAAAUAUAAAUGGCGGACUUCGACCUAUUAAUAUGCAUUCUCACAGCCAACAAAAACAAACUUACACAAUAGGUUAGAGGUAAGUAGAUGCGCAAAGAGAGAAUAAAGUCGAACAUAACCUAAACCGAGGAAGUUCAGACCAACACACGUGGCGAUGUAAUACGUCACGCGCAACUUUUAAAACGCCUACAGGGUAGGCACUUUAUUAGGGGCCAGUACCUUUUCUCAGGAUUUUAGAAAGAAAAAUUAUACAAAAGUUUUAUAUAUAUACAGGGUGUCCGAAAAGUGCUGGACAGACAUCAGUUUUGAAAUUUUAAACGGGGCAUCCUAUACAUUUUGAUAUUUUUAGAAUCCUUACCAAACAGCGACUGCUUAUUUGAAUUUUGUGUAGUUUCGACAGAAAUUGAGAAUUUAAAUUAUUUUAUGCAAAAUUAUGUUCUUAAUAAGUAUGGUCUUCCGCGAUCUGCGAUGACAUUUUUUUAAAAUUUCAACUUCAACUGUGGGUAAGGUAAUAUUAAAUUAAAACGUCAUAAUUUUUUAUAUCGUCAACCAUGUAAAAUAAUAUGUAUAAUUAUGAUAGAACUUUAAAAAUUUAAAACAAGUGACAGUAAAAGCAACAAACAACAGUAACUGUAACUGCAUUACAGCUUCUCUAAUACAGCUCUGUGGUUCAUUUACCUUACUGCAUCUUUCUUUAUAUACCAUAUUUUUAAUUGUCCCCCAUAAAAAAAAGUCCAGUGGGGUAAGAUCUAGACUUCCAGGUGGCCACCAGAUGUUUUCAUUUUGUCCUAUCUAAAGAUUGUAAUUUUGGUUUAAAAAUUCAGUGAUAUCGUUUCCCCGGUGGUACGGAGCGCCGUCUUGCUGCCAUAUUAAUUUUAGCACGUUCACAAGCUGGUAUUUCAUUUACUAUUUAUGUUUGUAGUAGUACAUCCAACUGCUUCCCCUCUAUGAGAACUUGUCGUGGUCUUUUCUUGGUUGUUGGCAGAAGGCUAUCAUCUUGCCUAAACUUUGCAUAAAUGUUUCGAAAUAGCUUCUUCUGUGGAACCCGCCUUACAGGAAAUUUUCUUUGAUACUCUCUAAGAGCCAGAGCUGGACUUUUCGAAUUCUAUAAAAAACAUUCAAGCAUAUCUGUUUUUUCUUGUAGCUUAUACAUUUAUAACUUAAGUAAUAAUAAUGUAACUUCAUUAUAAUUUCACUUAAAACAAUUAUUAUAAAAUAUAAAUAUAAAAUAUAACUAAAUAAAAUAUAAGAAAGAUAUGCCAUUAUAAAAUCCUUUAAAAUAAUUUUCCUAAAAACUUCAAAGAUUUAGGUACAAGAGCAUAGUAAGGUUUGGGUAUGGGACAUAUAUAUACACCAAACUAUAGGUAUUUUGACUCGCUUUGAGAAAAAACAUCAAAAACAUGGACGUCUCAUUAAAAAAAAAGAAUACCGCAAGUUGAAAUUUUAAAAAAUUACCUUUAAUUUUCUGCAUAAUUUAAAAAUAGGUAGUCAUCGCCGAUCGUUAGUCUAAAAAUGUGUUUAAAAUUUGAUCAAGUAGUCGUUACUGCCAGCCCAGGAAGACCAUAUUAACUAAGAACAUAAUUUUCAUAAAAAAAUAUAUAAUCUCAAUUUCUCUAUAAACUACACAAAAUUCGAAUAAGUAGUUUCUAUAAAAGUUACCUUUAUUCUUGCUAAGGAUUUUAAAAAUAUCAAAAUAUAUAGGCUGUUCCAUGUUCCAUUUAAAUUUUUAAAACUAAUAUCGUUCCAGCACUUAUCGGUCACCAUGUAUAUGUAAAAAUUAAAUAAUAUAAAAAUUUUAAAAAUUAAUUAAACCAUAAAGUUUUGCAUAAACUUUUUUUUUCUAAAAUCGGUAAUUACUGAAAAAAGGUACAAGCCCCUAAUAAAGUGCCCACCCUGUACGUAGAUGUACGUAGAAAAUGCUGCGUCGCCCGUGACGUAAUACGUUGCAACGUGCGUUUGUUCGUCUGAACUCUCUUUAUGUAUCUACUGAGGUAAUACAAUCGAAGACAACUUCUUCCUUACUUUUUACUACGUUGGGCACGUCAUCUGAGGACAUUCGCGCAUUACCGACAUUCGAACUGAAGAUAAUAUUUCUACCACGAUGACUGAAACGUCGGGACGCGAACGCAUUUGUGUUUAGGCCGAAACGAGACGUUCGCGCAUCGUUGCCAAACUGACGGCCAAAACGAAAGGGAUUUGGCACCUUUGAAAAAAUGUAGUCGGCAAACGCCUAACCAUCUUAUAAGUCUCGCCUUUUCGCUACGACGCACAGUGCUCCACGACAUAGAGAAAAACCGGAAAAAAUCAUAGUUUUUCCAAAAAUUUAAUUAAGUCAAAUGUGACUUGGAUUUUUUUCUAGUAAAUUAAGUUUAAACCCGACCUAUUAAUUAAGAAAUAAUCUUAAAUUUCUACACAGUUCCACAUUAUGAAGGAAUGAAUCAUUUUUGUGGGUUCAAAAUAGAUUUCAACGGACAUGAAAUAUAAAAUUAGAUAUGAGAAAUGUUUGCAGAGCUCUUAAAAGACAUUUUGUAUGUAUUUUCUUCAAAUUAUUUAAUCCUCUUUCCGUUGUACUUUAGGAAGUUCUAAGCGUAAGCAAUAUAUAAGAUAUCUUAAAUAUAAAAUAUGCAGUGCCGAUUGUGUCAUUUCUAUUACUUCUGGAUUGAUACGACAAAAAUCUCCACAGGUAAAAAUUAAGUAAUACAAACACAAAAAACAAAACAAAAAUUAAAUACAACAUAUUAAAUUAGCAAAACUCUAAUUUGUGUUGCCUUUAUCAAUAUCUGUAUCUUAAUAGUUGUAAUUUAGCUGGAAUCAUCAGAAUCGGAGGAGCUUAAUUCACUCAGGUUAAUUUUAUGAUCAUCUGAAUCUGCUUAUCUGAAACUAAAACGCUUUUCUUCUUAACAUAAAUAUUUCUCUUGGAGGCUGGAAGAGCAUCUGAAGUUAAAGCUAAGUGUCUUAUCAAAUCUGGAGUUGCGUUUACACAGGAUGACUUCUAAACGAUAUUUGCGUACUUUAUGGCGAGCUUCAAGCGCGUCUUUCGAUAAUCGCCCGAACGAUAAUUCGAAAUUUUCUAUAAUUUCGUUCCCGUGAAGGUGCUGGUUAUAUUCUAUUAAACACAUAUAAUAUACAGGGCGAUCCAUUUAAAUUUUUUGUUUACCUUGAUAUCUCAGGUACGGUGUUCCGCAAGGCUCUAUCCUCGGCCCCCUACUUUUCGACAUAUACAUUAAUGAUCUCCCCUUGGAGUCAGUGAUCUGAAUCAGGUCCCAGUGGGCGUCACACUGGAUAGAUCGUUGACAUGGGAAUCACAUAUCGAACCCCUUUGUAACAGAUUGUCCACUAGACUUUACCUGCUGAGGCAUCUUAAAUCCUUUGCUGAGGAUGGCAUGAGGAUGACGCAUGUAAUUUUUCUAUUUAGACGAUUUAUUUAUCCAAAACCACAAGUUAUCAGCGUAAAUCUUUUUUCUUUUAUACUACUUACGCGCCAUUUUGUUGUAAAGACUUUUUAUGUAAAAAAUGGCUAAAUAA